CUGCUCGUGCUUUCAUCAGUCACAUCUCGCUGCGGGAGGGGACUGAAGACGCUGCCUCGGAGCUCUCCGGUAACAGAGACAGUCGUCGGUACUGACUCACGCCGCCGAUCCGCGCAGUUUUUGCGUUUUCGACCGUACCCGACCCGCAACCCGACCAGCCGCCAGGAGGAGGAGGAGGAUGAAGGCGUAAAGGAACUUUCCUGCGGUUUCGGGCCGUCUUUUCGCGUCGCCCUCGACAGAAUAUCGCUCUUCAAUUUGGCCACGAAAUAAAAGUCAGGGCGCGUGUUUGUUGAUCCACAAACACCAGAUGGCGACGAGUUGAGACUCGACCAGAACUGAUCCGAGCGGCGUGGGACGGGACGUGCUCCACACCUCUGCUGUUUACACAGAACGCGCGUCAACAACUUUAUGUGAGACGGACCUACUUCCAGCAUCGUCCGCGUGGAGACAAGACCAGAGUCCGCCCGCGAGCGCCAGGGGGUCAAAUACCCGCUGAGUCCACAGCGGCACUGGACCGGACCUCCGCAGGGAUGCUACUCCAGCACAGACGCUCCUAGACCGUCCGGAACAGCAGCUGCCAACAUGUUCAGGCGAGGUUACGGCGGGGUGGAGCUACUGCUGGUGCUGUGUGGCCUGGACCUCUCCCUGCCCUGCCCUCGCCACUGCAUCUGCUACACGUCGCCCAGCACCGUCUCCUGCCAGGCCCACAACUUCCACGCCGUGCCCGAAGGCAUCCCCGCCCAGAGCGAGCGCGUCUUCCUGCAGAACAACAAGAUCCAGAGGCUGCUGCGCGGCCACUUCUCGCCCACCACCACCAUGUUGUGGCUUUACUCCAACAACAUCUCCUACAUCCAGCCGUCCACCUUCCACGGCUUCGACCGCCUGGAGGAGCUGGACCUAGGGGACAACCGGCACCUGAAGGCCAUAGCGUCGGACACAUUCCUGGGACUUGGCCGGCUACAUGCCCUGCAUCUGUACCACUGUGGCCUGAUCAGCCUGCCCCCGGGGAUCUUUGCAGGCCUGCAUAACCUCCAGUAUCUCUACCUACAGGACAACCAGUUGGAGUUUCUGGAGGACGAUCUGUUCAUCGACCUACUGAACCUCAGUCACCUUUUCCUGCAUGGCAAUAAACUGUGGAGCCUUCGCCAGAACACCUUUCGGGGUCUAGGGGUCUUGGACCGACUGCUCCUCCACCAGAACCGAAUCCAGUGGGUCGACCGCCAGGCUUUCCACGACUUGCGACGCCUCACCACCCUCUACCUGUUCAACAACUCCCUGACUGAGCUCUCCGGUUCCAGCCUCACUCUACUGCCAGCCCUGGAGUACCUGCGACUUAAUGACAACCCAUGGGAGUGUGACUGCAAGGUCUUGUCGCUUUGGGAGUGGCUGCGGCGGUUCAGAGGCUCCACCUCCUCUCUGAUUUGUGUUUCACCGCCAGAGCUGGCAGACAAGGACUUGAAAAUCGUGAAAAAGGAGGAUCUGCCCAGCUGCUUGUCAAGCGAGGCGCAUAUUCAUGUUGGCGAGAUGGAGCACGGAGAGUCUUUGAACCACCUCAAUCGCCACAGAAACCACCACAACCACCACCAGCGGCCGUACUUGCCCCACGGGGACCAGUACAGCUUGCCUUCGCCCUCGCCGUUGCCGCGGCCGCCGAAGGGGGGCCGCAGAAACUGUACCCGCCGCGGUCGCAAGGCGAAGUGGGGGCUCAAUGAGGUGCAGGUACUGCGGGAGGGGGGCGACAAGGACUACGCUCCCGAUGGAGGCAAGUACGAUGUGUCUGCAUCGUCAAGGAGGAAGAACAAAUGCAUCCCCAGAACUUCUGUCGGCCCGCCGAUCGGGGUCCAGAGGGCCAAUAACAGAGCAGGGUCACACUUUGCCGAUUCUGUGCUGUGCCUCUCAUCAGCUCUGCUGCUGAUACUGAUCCCUGUGAUUCUGCGCUGAAACAGGAAAUGGAUGCUUUUGUGCUGGUGAUGCUACCCUGUGACUCAUUCUCCUGAACCACCCAGCCCUGACUCUCCAAAUGAGGCACGUGAGCAUAACUCAAUGUGUACAUCACUGUACAUAAAGAACAUAUCUAAUAUCUCCUGUCGAACUGUCCCAGUGCUGUGAAGGCAGGGACCUUUACAAGUCAUAACAAUAAACACAUGGAAGUCAGGGAAAAUAUUUAACCCAUUGCUUUGAUGAUGUCACCAAGGGAAACAACAGGAAAACCUUGCAUUUGUCUGUGUGGCAUCACCUGCUUUACUGGAUAUAUAUAAACUGUACAGCGACACAAAAUGACAAGCCAAUGAGUCAUUGGAGUUCUGUAACAUCAAGAAAACCACACAGCAAGGAUCACAACAGUUCAAGAGUCAGCCUCCAUGCUAAGCCCUCUUGAUACAGCCGAGCUCUCAGCGCACCCUCCAUCUGUCACUCACGCUGAGACAAAGACACAGUCAUCCCUAAUUGUCACACUGCUCACUCAACAGCCCCCUAAGACGCAGAAACAAAACGUUUCAGACACAAGUGGCAGUAAAAUGGAUCAGAACGACGAGCAGCGUAACUAUAAGCACUUCACUGUUAUAUCUACCAAUAAAGUGGUUGUACGUGCAUGUCUGCAGGGUUAACCCGCUCUAAUGAACGUCUGUAUCCUUGGCUUUCAGUCGAAGAAUCGUGAAACAUCUGUUAUUGGUGAAGUCGUCAACGUUCAUGUUAAAAUGUGUCCUUCACGCUUGCUCUUCCGUCAUAUCGACUUAAAAGCCAUUCAGAAUUAACCAAUCAUUAUAUGAGCCAACUGGUCACAGUGUAAAUGAGCAAGUGAGCGAACCAAUGAAACUUUCUGCAAUCAUGUUUGUGUGAGUGUGUCCACAAAAAAAAUAAAGUUAAAGCCAUGCAGGUAGAAAAAGCUAGACAGCCCGAGUGCCUAAUGAAAGCCAGCGGCCAAUGAGGACACGAGGACAAACGAUGGAGGAAAAACCAUUUCAUUCACUCUUCAACCUCACUGGUGACUAAACAAAGGCCCCAACAAGGCUGAACCCUCAAAUUAUGCAGGCCAAGGAGCAGCUGGGGCCCAACCCUGCAAUCCUCCUAACUCCCAUCAACUGUUAUGCACUUUCCCUUCCACUGCAGGCUAAUGGAAAAAAGAAGCUUCAACAAGAGACGUUUCAGUCGAAUGCUGGUCAAAAAGCCCCAGAAUCAGGGAGCAAUGGCCACCGCAACGUUGCAAUAUAUCACCUGAAACUGUCGAAUCAAAGGUUGCACCUGACAAACAAGAGAUCUAAGAGGAUCUGGGACAAACUGCUCCUGGAGAUCUUUUCUUUGGCACAGACGGACAAUCUGUGAGCUCUGCUUGAAGAGCUGGAUUUUAUUGCUGCUACGUCCGAGGAGAGCGAAAUCCCGGAGCCCCUUUUCCAGGGGUUGGGAUUCUUCUCCAGGAAAUUACAAGGACAGAGAGGCCCGAGACUCAAAGCCUGGAUUCACGAAGCGGAGUUGUUCAAGUGCACACGCCCCCUAAACACUCGACCAAUCACCUCCACAGCCUUCCUGUCCCACUGGAAACGACCCCCCGUCGGUCGGAGAGCAGCUCCGAUGUCCAGGCUCUGACAUCAGGCCGGAACUCUUCCAGUCAAUCACGCAAAGUCUCGAGUUGAGGCCAACGUGUGAACAUAUUGUACAGACACACUGCGAUGGGCCAUCGACAACCUUAACUAGCCAGUGACGCUACAGCGUCGCAAAGAUACGCAAUCUAUUUUAAAACGAGCUGCCGUUGCACCGCAAAAGAUGACCUAGCUUCAAUCGCGACGUAUUGACUAAAGCACAAAAAAGAUUUAUUCCAAAACACCCGACGUGGACGUGGAAGCAGGAGCGGGGCCCGCGUUGCGCUGGAGCCCCGUCCGGCCGAGUCACGCUGAGCCUUUUCAUGUCUAUCUAUCUAAAUGUUGGGGGACGAGCGGAAGCCUGUCGCUGGUGUCGUUCUGCUGACGUGUAGGAUUAGAGACCCCUACUGGUGAACUUGUCUGUGCAGAGGUGAUGUAAAUUGUGUCUGUUUAUUCCUGUGAGGAUGACUUUUGUUUUUUUGUAAAAAAACAAAAAAAAAAAAUUAAGAAAGAAAAACUGACUCUGUUGUGUCUCAGCCGUUCCCUAAAUGAUAAACAGGGAGCUAGAGGCUGAAAUGAUAUUAUUUAAUAUGAUUAUCAUCAUUUCAGUUCUGUUCUGUCUUCGUUUUGCCGACUCAUUCACGGUAAACGUACACUGCACUGCCCGUCUCCUGCUCUUCCUUCUAUUCAUGCCUCCGUCUCCUUCUCUGCAGCCUUCUCACCUCCCACCCUCCCUGCCUCCUUCUAUCUCGCUAUUCUUUUUCUCCUCUCUCUUCCUUUGUGCAGCCCAAAUGUUUUGUAUGUGGUUAUCAAACAAUGCCAGACUCAAAAGCUGUUUAUAAAUAACAUUAAACAGAAAGUGUCCUCAAA